UGUGCUGACUCAGAGGAGCGUCUCAUGAACUUUUUACUGGGAAAGGAGCGCUACAAUAAGCUCAUCCGGCCAGCUGUUAACAGAACGGAGAGAGUUACAGUGAAGAUACAAGUGUCCCUGGCACAGCUCAUCAGUGUGAAUGAAAGAGAGCAGAUCAUGACCACAAAUGUCUGGCUCACUCAGCACUGGGUUGAUUACAGAUUAUCGUGGGACCCAACAAAGUUUGAAGGCAUUGACAAGCUGCGUAUUCCCUCCAGACACAUCUGGCUCCCUGAUAUUGUUCUGUACAACAAUGCUGAUGGUACCUAUGAAGUAACAGUCUUCACCAAUGCCAUUGUCCUUUUUAACGGCAGUGUUAACUGGCUUCCACCUGCCAUCUAUAAAAGUGCCUGUAAGAUCGAAGUCAAACAUUUUCCUUUUGACCAGCAGAACUGCACACUCAAAUUCCGCUCGUGGACCUACGACCACACAGAAAUAGACCUGAUCCUGAAGUCUGAGUUUGCCAGUAUGGAUGAUUUUACUCCCAGUGGGGAGUGGGACAUUUUGGCACUUCCCGGCAGACGGACCAUCAACCUUCUGGAUCCCACCUACGUAGACCUCACAUAUGACUUCAUCAUCAAGAGAAAACCAUUGUUCUAUACCAUCAACCUGAUCAUUCCCUGCAUUUUGAUCACCUCUUUAGCCAUCCUGGUUUUCUAUUUGCCGUCAGAUUGCGGUGAGAAGAUGACUCUGUGCAUCUCCGUCCUCCUGGCUCUCACUGUCUUCCUGCUUUUAAUCUCCAAGAUUGUCCCUCCUACCUCAUUGGAUGUGCCACUGAUUGGCAAGUACCUUAUGUUCACCAUGGUGCUAGUGACCUUCUCCAUCAUCACCAGUGUGUGUGUGCUCAACGUGCACCAUCGUUCUCCCAGCACCCACACCAUGCCCUCCUGGGUCAAGAUGAUAUUCCUAGUCAAACUGCCUGCCUUACUCUUUAUGAAACGCCCUCACAAUGAUUCUUCACGCCAGCAGCUUCGCCACCAGCGGUACCUACGUGCCACGAGAGCCGUUUGGGGUUUGGGUUACCCAGCUGCAACCAAAACAGGCAUCAAUAUGUCAUCUUCUGCCCUGAUGGCUUCAGAGUCUGCGUUCUCGACACCAGGACACAAAAACGUUGCUUCUCCACUUUGCUACUACAACAGGAAAAGGGACAUGCACCCCACUGAUGACCUACCAAGUGGAUUUGCUUCUACGCAAGAUAUUCUUCAAAGAGGCAACGCAGAUUGGUCUGCUGAUGUACAGGAGGCGGCAAACGGCGUGCGCUUUGUGGCUGAGCACAUGAUGAGGGAUGAUGAUAAUCAGAGUGUGGUAGAAGACUGGAAGUAUGUGGCCAUGGUGGUAGAUCGUAUGUUCCUGUGGAUAUUUGUCAUCGUGUGUGUGGUGGGCACUCUCGGCCUGUUUCUCCAGCCUGUCUUCCACAACCAGACUGUUCCCAACCAGCAGAAGCCCAGUUCUGAAACUCCUCGUAUCUGAUGUGCAGCCACAAAUGCAGAUUAUGGAUUGUGAAUUCCUCUUGGUUUCUGCCUCCGUCAAAGCGUGCACAGAUACUACAUGCUGCCACGCACCACUUGAA